GAACAUCAUUAAAAAUAUUAUAUUACAAUAGUAAUUAUGAAGUUGGGUGUGUUAUGCGACUUUUUGAUGUAUUAAUUCCAUUAAGUUCUUAUUCACAAUCACAAUCUGUAUGUAACUAUUUAUAUGGACUAACUAUUUUCAGAAAUGCUGUAUUAGAUUCAGUAAGAGAAUUUGAAGAAUUUGAAGAUGAGUUGAAAUAUAGAAAUGGUUUUGAAAAUACACUACAAGUAGAUAUUAGUGAUGAUUAUGAUCUAAUUUAUCCUUCACCAAAAAAACAAAGAGGAUAA